AUGCUGCGCCUCAACAAAUUCGUCUUAAUCCUCAUAAUAGCCAGAACAUCGACUGCAUGGCUUUUAAGAUACAAUGCCACAGUUGAAGUUGAUAAAUUACUUUGGGGAGGCAAAACGACUUCGGCUGCAAAGGUGAAACUGACGGGACCAAUAACGGCAACCCCAACAUCGACGGUUACCUCACUCCACACGGAUUUAAUACCGGCGACAACGAAUGGUGGCGGGAGGGCAGAAGUCAAUGUCACAGUUGAAUAUCUUUUGUUCCCGAAAGCUAGACUACCAGUAUGGACGCCGACUCCGUCGUUAAACGUCUGGUAUCCCCCCACUCCAACCCGCUACCAGGAGCCAACCAUUACGACCAAUUACUUCGCACCUUAUGUUAUUAGCAAUCCUACGUCAUGCACGAAAACGAUGUUUACUUACACUGAUUCAAUCGGAGUCAGCCUGCCAAAUGAGCUUAUGGCUCAGGCGACCGAUGCAACCGCGGCUAUGUUCGUCACUACAUACAUAUCCACUGUCAGUACAGAUCUUGGUGGACAAGCCGUGACAACAACCCGAUGUGAUGUGUACCUUAAUGCAGAAGCAGUCCCUGCCCAUGGUUACGAUCUCGGUAGUGAUGGCUACUUUGCGGAAGAAUGCGUUGACCCGCGAAGAUCAACUUGUAGUCCUGGAGAAAACCAGGCGGCUACAGGGUCAGGAGGCUGUAAGGGACUCUAUCCUCCGACUAGAGCGAAGGAGCAUUCGGCCAAUACUGCAACAUCCGGGGCAAGUACUACGCAGACAGGUGGAACCAAUGGCACACCAACUAAGGACCUGCUGAAGGCCCAAACUGGAUUAUGGAGCUUAAUAGUUUACUGUGGUAUACUACUUUUCUGA